CAAAGUGUUGCAAAUAAAUUGGGAGGGAGGGAGCAAGUGGUUUGAAAUGGGAGAAUUCAUUAUCAUUCCCUCCCCCUCGAUCCCUUUAUUUCCUCCCUGCCCAUUCCCUCCAAUCUCCAUUCCCUUUCUCUCCACCUCCUUCCCCUAAUGUUACCCGACUUUGGAAGCUGUCUCAGGAAGUUUCCGUCUCCGUCCGUCCAUGGAUGAACUUGAAUUCCAUCGCCUUCUCGAGCACUUCCCUGUCAUCCGCACUCGCGAUUAUGAUUUUGAAACUGAGAUGAGGCUAUCCGCAUCAUUGUCAUCUCGGAGCUUGGAGACAUCAAGAUCUGCGAGAAAUUUAGAGGCAUCGAAAUCUUCCAGAAGUUUGGAAGCGUCAAAUUCUUCAAGGAGUUUGGAGGCGUCAAAGUCAUCAAAAAAAUUGGCAACAUCAAAGUCGUCCAGAAAUUUUUCGACAUCGAGAUCGUCCAGGAACUUGGCGUCUUCAAGAUCGUCCGGAAAGUUGAUGACAUCAAAAACAUUGUUGCGAGAAUUCGUGGAAAGAGUAAAUAAAGGUGGUUUGGAGGCUAAGGAAAGCAACAGCCAUGAUGCAUUUUGGGACAAAGUCAAGCUAGUUGCUGAGAAGCAGGUUGGACCAGAAGAAGCAGAAAGCUUCCUUAGGACUUUUCAAGAAGUUUAUAGGAAAGUUGUGUGUGAAGAACUGAGCUCGGAUGCUGCUCGAAAGUUUCUUAAGUCGCCUUGAUUUAGGCGAUGUUUAAUUUCCUCCCUGGGUAUGGAGUGACAAUUUUGGUGUUUAUAGGGGCAUUGCCUAUUGCUGCCUUGCUGGUGUUGUGUGAACAUCUAGGAGGGUGUAUUUAAUUCGGAGUUUAAAUUAUUACGAGUAUGCCAGCUUUUUUUAUAAUGUAUGGAGUAUGUAAAAUUAUUGAUAAAUUGUUUUAAUUUCACGUAGGCUUGAUUUAUUGCUGAUAAAUUGUGUUUAAUUUU